CCAUCUUGGCAUCUUCUUCUUCAUUGGAUGGUUUUCAACUUUCAAUUCAGAUGUCUGUUUAUUUUGCUUUUAAUUUCACUUUGCAUCCGUUUCCUCUUUUCAUAUUUAUAUGCUCUCCUUUUCUCCGUCAUUGCCUCUUCAAACGAUUAUUUUCUUCCAAGUCAAAUGGAGGCCAAACUAUGUGGAAACCAAUUGUUCCCUGCAAUUUCCCCCAAUUCCUUUUCAAAAUCUUCCAGGUUUAUCGUCCCAGUGGCCCUUCCAACGUGGAAAAACUGGAACUUUCGGGCACCCAUUUCAGGGGUUUCUAAGAAUGGCAUUCGAUCAAUUCAGGUCACUGCUUCCCUCGGAUUGAAGAGUUCGGCCAGAAUAGACGAGAGUGAGAUGUAUACUCUUGAUGGUAUACGAAGUUCUUUAAUUCGACAAGAGGAUAGCAUUAUAUUCAGCCUUGUGGAAAGAGCUCAGUAUUGUUACAAUGAGGACACCUAUGACCCCAAAGCUUUCUUCAUGGACGGCUUUCAGGGUUCGUUGGUUGAGUUUAUGGUCCAAGAAACCGAAAAGAUUCAUGCCAAGGUUGGAAGAUACAAGAACCCUGAUGAACAUCCUUUUUUCCCAUCCAACUUGCCUGAACCUAUGUUGCCUCCUUUGCAUUACCCACAAGUGUUGCAUCCUAGUGCAGAUCUAAUCAACAUCAACAGCAAAAUAUGGGAUAUGUAUUUCAAGAAUCUUCUCCCUCGUCUGGUCAAGAAAGGAAAUGAUGGUAAUUGUGGAUCAGCAGCAACCUGUGACUCCAUCUGUUUGCAGGUCCUCUCUAAACGAAUCCACUAUGGUAAAUUUGUAGCAGAAGCAAAGUUUCGAGCUUCACCAGAUGAUUAUGAAGCUGCUAUUAGAGCACAAGAUAGGGGAAAACUGAUGGAUUUGUUGACAUAUCCGGCUGUGGAGGAAGCGAUCAAGAAAAGAGUGGAAACAAAAACAAAGACUUAUGGGCAAGUGGUCGAUGUUGGGUCCAUGGAAGUCGAACCGGAGCCAGUGUACAAAAUAAAACCAAGCUUAGUUGCUGAUCUUUAUGGGAUUUGGAUCAUGCCCUUGACUAAGGAAGUUCAGGUCGAGUAUUUGUUAAGAAGACUUGAUUGAUUCAAUAAUACUUGUCUGAUAUGUUGAAUAAUGUUUCGUGGAAGACUUGAUUUAAUGUCGUGUGGGUCCACUGAACGAUCGGAUUACUUUAUGUCACGUGUAGGGAUAAAGCUUCUACAUAUAGAUUUUCGUUUUUUUGUUGUAUAAGUAUUAUGUAAAUGUUUAAGUUAAGAUUUAAGGUUUGAGAUUUGUUGUUUUUGAAAUAAAUGGAAGUUUGUAUAUCUUGAUGUUGAACUUAACUUGUACAAUCGGUUAUUGUUACAGAAUAAUUGUUUUUAUG